AUGACCUGCCAGGCCUUCAGCACCACCGAUUCCUUCACUACUCUGAGCGGAGACUCGGCUGCUCUGCCGCUGCUCAUGCAUCACACCGGAGCCGCAGACUGUCUGCCCAUCACCAGCCACACCGCCAGCAUGCUGCCUUCAGUGUCUGGUUUAUUCCCCUCAGGUCUGCCACUGGUCCAGUCGUCCAAACGCUCUCAUAUGCACCUGUCCACUUCUGCUUUGGGCAAUGCGUCAGCCAGCCUGCACUACCCAAUGCCCCCAUGUCACUAUGGCAACCAGCAGACCACCUACGGCAUGAUGGCAGCACAGGAAAUGCUCUCUGCCAGUAUCUCCCAGACCCGCAUCCUGCAGACCUGCAGCGCGCCUCAUGCCAACAUGGUCAACGGAGCCAACUCACUGCAAGGUACACCCUGUUACACACAGACCAAUGUGGGUGAAGCCCUGGCGGCUGUGCACGGCUCUGAAUUCAGCCAAACCACCAUCUGCCGCUUCGAGAACUUGCAGCUCAGCUUCAAAAACGCCUGCAAGCUCAAAUCCAUCCUGGCAAAGUGGCUGGAGGAGGCUGAGCAAGCCGGUGCUCUUUUUAAUGAGAAGAUGGGCAUGCAUGAGCGUAAACGCAAACGGAGAACAAUCAUCAGUCUUGGGGCUAAGGAAGCCUUAGAAAGGCAUUUUGUGGAGAAGAGUAAGCCAUCAUCUCAGGAGAUUGUGUGGAUGGCGGAGGGUCUCCAUCUGGAGAAGGAGGUGGUGCGUGUUUGGUUCUGUAACCGCCGGCAGAGGGAGAAGAGGGUCAAAACCAGCCUACACCACAGCUCCUUCAUGGCCAAAGAGAGCGCAGCCUGUAGACCUUGA